UCUGACGCCAACGGAGACACCAAGCCAGACGGAGCGAAGAAGAGGAAGAAACACAAGAGCCCAGAGGAGUCUGAGGAGGAACCAGAGAAAGAGAGGAAGAAAAAAGGGGAACGCCACGAUAAGGUGAAAGAGAAAAAAGAAAAUAAGAAAAAGAAAGCAGAAGAUGAUGCAGAGAAGGGGGAGGGGGAUGAAGUGAUUGAAAAUGAGGAAGAGGGAGAUGACGAGCAGAACAACAAUGACACCAUCAAAACCAAACCCAAGAAGAAGAAAUCCGAAGAAGAGGACAUGACUGAGGGAGAAGUUAAGGAGGAAAAGAAGAAGAAAAAGAAAAAGAAGUUGUCUUCCGAGGGAGACCAACAGGGAGAGGAGGAGAUGGGGUCCAAAGGCAGGAAGUCCAAAGAUGGAGGGAAAAAGAAGAAGAAAGCUCAGGAUGAGGAGCCCCUCUUGGAAGAUCAGGAGGGAGAAGAAGAAGACUCCAAGAAGAAAAAGAAGAAGAAGCCGAAGAAGGGAUCAGCCGACAGCGAUGAGGACAAGAAAGACAAGAAAGGGAAGAAAGGGAAGAAGCCCAAGGCCAAGCAGGUGGAUUACGCUGAGAUCUACUACAAUGAGCUGAUGACCUACCAAACGGACUCCUCUGAUGGCUAUGAGGAAGAGUACCACAAAAAGAAAGUGUAUGAGGUGGUGACUGUCACAGGUGAUGUGAGAGGGGCAGGCACAGACGCCAAUGUGUUUGUCACUCUUUUUGGAGACUUUGGCAUCACUCCCAAAGUGCACCUGGCCAGCAACACAGAAAAGAGAAGCCGAACGGCAUUUGAGAAAAAUAAGACGGACGUGUUCCGGAUUAAAACACACAAUGUUGGGCCCUUGAAGAAGCUGAGGAUUGAACAUGACAACACAGGUGGCUUGAACGCCAGCUGGUUCCUGGACCGGGUCGUGGUGACCGACAUGAACCGUCCACACCUGCGGUUCUACUUCGCCUGCAACAACUGGCUGAGCCGUGAGGAGGGGGAUGGCCUAUAUGUCAGAGACCUGCUGGGCAGCCUCAACCCCAUGGAUGUCCCCAAACUGAAUAAGUACAUAGUGAGUGUGUUCACUUCUGCCGAGAAGGGCAGCGGGACUGAUGCUGACGUCUUCCUGAAUAUCUUUGGAGAGCAUGGCGAUACAGGGGAGAGACGGCUGGACAGUGACAAAGAUAAUUUUGAGCGAGGCACGGAGGACAAGUUUACUAUUGAAACACCAAACCUGGGAAGGCUAAAGAAAAUCACCAUUGGCCAUAACAACAGGGGCUCAUCAGCUGGAUGGUGUCUGGAUAAGGUGGUCAUUGAUGACAUGGGGAACAAGGAGGUGUAUGAGUUUCCAGUGAAUCGCUGGUUCGCCAUGGACGAAGAAGAUGGAAAGAUACAGAGAGAUGUGUUGGUGGGAGCAACACAGCCCAUGGCGGUGGUGUACAAUGUCCAGGUGAUGACGGGCAACGUGAGAGGUGGUGGCACCAACUCUAAGAUCCACAUCAUCAUGCACGGCACCAAGGGCCUGAAGAACAGUGGCAAGGUGUUCCUGGAGGGUGGAGCAUUCGAGCGGGGGCUCAUCGAUAUCUUCAACGUGGAGAUUGCUGCGCUGCUCAGCCCACUCAGCAGGGUCACUAUCGGACAUGACAACGGAGCUGUUGGGGCCGGCUGGUACUGCGAAAAGGUGACAGUGUACUGCCCAUUCACAGGGAUUGAGCAGACGUUUCCCUGUUGCAAGUGGCUGGAUGAGGACGAGGGGGACGGACUGAUUGAGAGGGAGCUGUACGAGAUGGUGUCCCUCAGGCAGAAGAAACUUAAGAAGUACCCGUGGUCACUGUGGAUCUGGACGUCGGACGUGAAGGGGGCAGGGACGGACGCCCAGGUCUUCCUACAGAUCUACGGUGAUAAGGGCAAGUCAGAUGAGAUGAGACUGGAGAGCAACUCAGACAGCUUUGAGCAGGCUCAGCUGGAUAAGUUCAUGAUUGAAAUGCCAGACAUUGGAAAACUGACGAAGGCCCGUAUCUGGCACGAAAAGAGACAUCCUUUCGCAGGCUGGCAUUUCGCUAGGGCCACGGUGAUGAAGACUCUGACAAGGGAGAAGUACUCGUUUAACUGUGGCCGCUGGCUGGACAUCAACGAGGACGAUAAUGAGAUCGUCAGAGAGCUGCCAGCCACCGGAGCUCUCAUCCCAGAGCCGUUACUACUGCUGAAGUAUCGCAUCACUAUCUGUACUGGGAGAGUGAGUGGAGGUGGAACUGAUGCCAGCGUAUUCCUUAAUGUGAUCGGGGACCUGGGAGACACAGGGGAUCGACUCAUGUUCCUCAGCAAAAACAAUGUCAACAAGUUUGAAAAGGGCAACGCCGAUGAGUUUCUGACCGAGGCGGUGUCGUUGGGGCAGGUGCGCAGGGUGCGUAUCGGCCAUGAUGGGAGGGGUGGAGGCUGCGGUUGGUUCCUGGAUAAGGUGUUGGUCAGGGAGGAGGGCCAACCAGAGUCUGCGGCCAUAGAGUUCCCCUGUAACAGGUGGUUGGACCGGAAUGAGGACGAUGGACAGAUCGUUCGUGAGUUAGUGCCAGCAGGAGAUGGUCUGCGUCUCCACAAUGUCAACUACCAUAUCUCGGUGAAGACAGGCAACAUCAAUGGGGCCAGCUCGGACUCCAAGGUGUUUGUUAAGUUGUACGGAGAGAAGGGCGACACCACGAGGAUACUCCUGGUGGUCUCGGACAACGACCUGAGUAACUACUAUGAGACAGGCCAAACUGAUAUCUUCACCGUCGAGACCUAUGACAUCGGACAAAUCCACCGUCUGCUGAUAGGCCACACUAACGAGGGUCUGCGUGCUGGUUGGUUCCUGGACAGUGUCCAGAUCAUUGUUCCAGUCCAUGGGAAGCAGUACCAGUUCCCCAGCCAUCGCUGGCUCUGUAAGGAUGAGGCUGAUGGCAAGGUGGAGGUGGAGAUCUAUCCCAGCGAGACCCUGGACAUCGAGAAACUGAUUAACUACGAGGUCACAGUGGUCACGGGGAACAUGCGCAAUGGUGGCACCAACGCCAAUGUGUUCUGCCAGAUCUACGGAGAGGAGGGCAAGACCGAGCUCAUCAGCCUCAAGAGCCGCUCCAACAACUUUGAGCGCGGGACCACAGAGAUCUAUAAGAUCGAGGCGCUGAACGUGGGCAAAUUAUUCAAAAUCCGCAUCGGGCACGAUGGUUCAGGCGUGAGCGACGGGUGGUUCCUUGAGACGGUGGACAUCAAGCGGCUCACUAUGGCCAUGGUACAGAGGGAAGUGGUGAAGGAGAAACCGAAGGAUGACAAGAAGGACAAGAAGAAGAAUAAAAAGAAGAAGAAAGAGGAGGAUGAGGAGGAGGAGUACGUGACGGAGCUCCAGGAAGUGGUAGAGAGCGUGACGUUCCCCUGUCAUCGCUGGCUGGCCCGCGACGAGGAGGACGGGGAGAUCGUGGUGGAGCUCCUACCCGAGGACCCCGGAGACCUGGAGGAGAACUCCUAUGAGGUCCAUGUGUUUACUGGCCCCAUGUGGGGAGCCGGAACCGAUGCCAACGUGUACAUCAACAUCUACGGAGAGAUCGGUGACACGGGCGAGCGGAAACUAAGAAAGUCCAACAACCUCAACAAAUUUGAGAAGGGGCAGGAGGACGUGUUCUCCAUGCAGGCCAUCGAUCUGGGCAUUCUGAAGAAGCUGAGGAUUCGUCACGACAACAGCCAACCUCAUGCUGCCUGGUUCCUGGACAGGGUGGAGAUAGUAGACAACAAAGACGACACCACGUACUACUUCCCAUGUAAACGGUGGCUGGCCAUCGAUGAGGAUGACGGACAGAUUGCCAGGGAGCUGGUCCCUGUGGACGAGGCCUUUAUGAAGAAGGGUGAGGAUGAUGAUGAUGAUGAUGAUGACGAGGAAAACUCCAGUGCAACACUCGGCCUGGAGCAGAAGGCCAUGUCCACCACCUUCACAAUGAGGGUAAAGACUGGAGACAAGAAGUAUGCGGGCACUGAUGCCAACGUGUUCGCCAUCCUGUAUGGCAUGAAGGAUGAUACAGGCAUCAUAAUGCUGAAAGCAUCCAAGUUACAUAAGAAUAAGUUUGAGCAGGCCAUGAUCGAUGAGUUUACAGUGGAAGCUGUGGAUAUUGGAACACUGAAGAAAAUACGCAUAGGGCAUGACAACUCAGGGGCAGCAUCAGGCUGGUUCCUGGACUGGGUAGAGGUGGAUGCCCCCUCCCUGGGCCAGAGGCUGAGGUUCCCCUGUGGUCGCUGGCUGGAUAAGGGAGAGGACGACGGGGCCAUUGUCAGGGACCUCUUCCCUGCAGACCUCCAGACUGAGCUCUACACACCAUUUGUGCCCUAUGAGAUCAAAACGUUCACCAGUGACCUGUUUGCAGCGGGUACAGAUGCAGAUGUGUUCAUCGUGCUCUACGGCCGAGACGGGGUGUGCACCCAGCAGAGGUCUCUCUGUGUCAACAAGAGGGAGAGGACCAUGUACUUUGAGAGGGGAGCUGAGGACAUGUUCAUCGUUGAGUUGGAGGACGUGGGUGAUGUCAUAGAGAAGAUCCGUAUUGGUCAUGACAACAGAGGGCUAAACGGAGGCUGGCACCUGGACAGAGUGGAGAUCAGACGACUGCUGAGGAAGGGGAAGGGGUCGGAGACUAUUAUCUUCCCAUGUGAGCGCUGGCUGGCCAAGUCAGAGGAUGAUGGAGAAACAGUGAGAGAGUUAGUGCCUUCUGACAUCAUAACGGAGAAACUACUACGGGAUGGUACCCUGAAAGUCAGCGAGGUUGAGGUGGAAGAUGCACUGGAGACUCAUACUUACAAAGUGUCUGUGAUGACGGGCGAUGUUUACGACGCAGGCACCGAUGCCAACGUCUUCCUGACCAUCUACGGAGACCUGGGAGACACUGGCGAGCGCAAACUCAGCAAGUCUGAGACCAACGGCAACAAGUUUGAGAGAGGAGCGGUGGAUAAGUUCACCAUUGAGGCGGUGGACCUGGGUCAGGUGUUUAGAAUGAAGAUUCGCCAUGACAACAGCAUGAUGAGUGCUGAUUGGUACCUGGACCAGGUGGAGGUGGUUGACGAGGAUAUGGAGGAGGUCUUCCUGUUCCUGUGUGAGCGCUGGCUGUCCAGGAAGAGAGAGGACAGACGCAUCGAAAGGAUGUUCUAUGUCAAGGGUUACGAGGGGGAGAGGGAGUCUAUCCAGAGCAGUAAGAAGAGCUCAGCCCUGAUCAUGAAGAGUGUGGACAGCAACAUGAACAAGAAGAAGAAGAAAGGGGAGGACAUCCAAAAGGAGAGCACCAUCAUCCCAUACCACUUCACCAUCUCCACGGGGGCAGAAAACGAUGCCAGUACCUGCAGCAGGGUCUAUGUGAUCAUCAUGGGGCCAAACCACACCCAAACACAGAGGCUGUGGCUGGACCUGCCUGGGGGGAAGAAGUGCUUUGAGUCUGGGUCUCUGGAGUCCUUCGAGGCUCAUGGAGCUGACGUUGGUGAGAUUAAAAAAGUGGAGCUCGGACACGACGGCGCCACUCCGGAGAGCUGCUGGUUGGUUGAUGAGCUAGCUGUUGGCGUGCCAACCAAAGGGGUUAAAUACAUUUUCCAGUGUAAGUGCUGGUUGGCCAAAGAUCGGGGCGAUGGACUGACUGCCAGGGUGUUCAACGUGUUGGAUGCAGAUAGCAUCACCAUCUCCCAAAAGAUCAUCUAUGAGGUGACGGUGGUGACGGGAGAUGUUCAGAACGCUGGGACAGACACCCAGAUCUACGUGUCUGUGUUUGGGACCAACGGCACCACAGAGGAGAUCCUACUGCAGAAGAACGAGGACAGGUUUGAGCGAGGUCAGGAGGACACGUUCAGCCUGGAGGUCGAUGAUAUUGCUCCCCUGAGGAAGAUGAGGGUCCGUAUUGACGGCUCUGGUAGCCGACCUGACUGGUUCCUGGCUAAGAUCAUCAUGCGUAACCUGACCACAGAGGAGGUGUCAGUGUUCACCUAUGAGGAGUGGCUGUCUAAGACCAAAGGACCCAAGAGGACCAUGAUCGGUGAGAUGGCUGCUGUGGUGGACGAGGAGGAGAUGGUGGAGAUCACCACCUACAUUAUCCAGGUCAAGACCAGCGACAUUGGAGGGGCAGGCACUGACGCCAACGUGUGGAUCAUUGUGUUUGGAGAGUGCGGUGACACUGGGACCCUGGCGCUGAAAGAGUGCCAGAAAUCCAACAAGUUUGAGCGCAAGCAGACAGAUGUGUUCCGUUUCCCUGACGUGCUCAGCCUCGGGGAGCUCUCUAAGGUUCGGGUGUGGCACGACAACUCAGGGCCUGCUCCAGGAUGGCACAUAGAAUACAUUGAUGUGAAGGAUGAGGCCUUGGACAGGACAUUUCGCUUCCCCUGCGACCGCUGGUUGGCCCAGAACGAGGACGAUGGUCAGAUCAUGAGGGAGUUGUCCUGCGCCAACAAUGACAUUUUAGACCUCAACGAGAAGACCAAAUAUGAAAUUAUUACCACCACGGCGGACACAGAUGACGCAGAGACCAAAGAGAACGUCUGGAUCGCACUGGAGGGGAAGAAGGGGCGUUCAAAAGAAUUUAUGAUGGAGAACUCAUCAAAGAAAAAGAGGUUCUUGCGGGGAAACAAGGACAAGUUUGAGUUCUCCUCCAAACAGCUUGGUGACAUCGCUGGCAUCUGCCUGGGCCACACCCCCAAGGAUGGGAAGAAGGUGAAAGGUGAGGCGUUCUGGCACGUGGAGGAGGUCGUUGUCAUAGAGAAAGUGCUGGGCAACAGGUUCAUAUUCAUCUGCAACGCCCUGAUCCCCCUCUCCUCGAAGAGGGACGAGUUUGUGACCAUCGAGUGCACCAAGGCCAUUGAGAGCUUCGCCAGCAAAGCCCGCAGCCUGGUGCCUGUCAAGUACGAGAUCAUCCUCAUCACGGGCGACGAGAAGGGGGCAGGCACCGAUGCCAAUGUCUUCAUCACCAUCUACGGCUCCAACGGAGACUCGGGCCGCCGGUCGCUACGUCAGAAGUUCCGCAACCUGUUUGAGCGUGGCCAGACGGACCGCUUCCUGCUAGAGAUGUUGGACAUGGGUGAGCUGCUGAGGGUGUGUGUGGAGCACGACAACACCCGCCUCAGCCCCGGCUGGCUGCUGGACCGCGUGGAGGUCACCAACACGGCCAACGGUGUCACCACCAUCUUCCUGUGUGGAAAGUGGCUGAACACCAAGAAGGCGGACGGACAGAUCUUCAGGGUCCUCUACCCAAAGUACUAAAGACCUCAUAUUGUGACUUCUCCACUAUAUGAAAACGUAUGUUAAGCCUCAGGACUCAAUUGCACAGCAAAGGAUAGAGGCCUCGCCGUGUGUUGGACUCUACCCAAGCAACUCCGUAAUGGAGAGAUACAAACUCUUUGAAUGGAGUUUGGAUGUUGGCAACGGUUUAUUUUUUUAUUGCCUCUAUAUGGUCAUGAUCUCAGGAAAGGAAAAUGUUUAUAUAUUUCUUACUACAUUUCUAGAAUAUCUUAUAGUUUAGCUUUAUUGCAUUACUACCGAAGGCAAGUGGCCUGGCGUUUAUGGCUUAAACACAAUAGGGUCAUAAGGCCAGGUAACAUGAUUGUGCCACCAUUUUAAAAGUACCCAUUAUCAGGAAUGGCAUGUUGCUCAGCUGCUUGGUUGUAAAUUAGGUUUUAUAAGAGAGUAUACUAUUUUGUACUGCUUAUUCCAAAACACUUUUUGUUUUUCAAAACUGCUUUUUAAGAUUGUGGUUUGACUGAUGUGUUCAUCUCCCGGUGAGAUUUCGAUUACCUUGUGAAGGCAGACUCAGAAAACAAAUCAAAAGAGGAUUGUCAGCCUCAUCAGGAUGGAGAUCAUGUGUCUCAUUCUCAAUGAAAGCCUUUUGUAGGGAUUCUUUUUUUUCAUCCUUCUCCUCUAACUUCAGAGUCAUAACUGGCCUUAAUUGUAGGGACACAAGGUAACUUCUACUCACUCACAAACACCAGAUUUAUACACCUUCCAUUUUAUCCAAUUUAUUACAAAAAGAGCACAUACAAAAAGGAUAAUAUACCAGCCUUGAAAUAAAAUGUAAAUAAAAAAAACAGAACAGUUUGGGUUUAGCGAUGCAACUUUUAAAAUCAUUAUUAGUAGUAGUAAUAAAUAAAGUACAAAAUUCCACCAAAUGUGAAUCUAACAUUUACACAAUAUGCUCAUCCAGUUCAUCAACACACUCAUCAUUAAUGAGCUAUUGCUUUAAUAUUAAUGAUAAAUAGUUAUAUUCUCCGAUAAAAUCUCCUAUAUUGAAAAACAUUGCGCAGUCACAGCUAAACAGCAGACCUUAUACAAAGAUGGCGGCAGCCCUAUCACUGGCACUUUUUGGGAUAUUUUCUCUUUCCUUCAGUUUUUCAGAUGCAAGCAGCAGCAAAAUUAAUUCUGUAAUAUUCUUUGUAUAUCUACAAAUAUUUUCACCAUAUACCAUUGAGAAUAUAUUCAAACCUGAGAAAAACAUGCAUUUUUAGUAAGGUUGUGCUUUAAGAGAUCCUCUGUCUGUUCUUGUUUUACAUAGAGAGGAUUGUGAUAGGAAACAUUGGAUGGGUUCUGAGUGGAGGGAAGGAUGGACGGUAAGAGAAAAUAAAGAAAAGGAAACGAGGGAACAGAAAGGCAGGAAGAGGGAAUAUUAAGAAUAAUUAGUGUAGCGCAGAUGAACAGUGAAACAUUUUCACAAAGAUUGGUCAAAUAUUUCCUUCAUUUCUAUAAUAGAUAAAGUAAAUAUUUCAAAGGUAUUACUAGAUUAGGUCAAGGUUUAACUAAAAAAGAUGGAGAGAAAUGUCUAUUUCCGAGUACUCCUAAAAUGCUGCUUUCUUUAUUCUCAUAAAGGUAUCCACAGAUCUAUUUGGUUAGUGAAAGCAAUACAACGCCACCUUGAAGUUCCCACACUCCACUUAUGGGGGCUAACGUCAUAUUUCCUCCACCUUGCAGGUUGGUCAGUGGUGACAAAGAGAAGUGAGAAUGGAGGAAAUAAAGGAAAGACAACAUUAUACAGCAUUUGAACAUCGCCUACAGUUCAUCAUGGUGGUCCUGUAAUGCAGGAGUAAGACCGCCAGAUAAAUAUGUACCUAGUUCAGGCAUGAUGGCUUUCGAGUAACUGAGCGUAGGAGUUUGUGUGGCUCGGUAACAAAAAUAGCUACAAUCAUAAGGAAAAAUCUCAACACUAGAAGCGAGGCACUUGUUGGGCUCAAAACUAUAAGAUAUUUGGAAAAGAGGGAAGGAGAAAUAUCCCAAAACAGAAAAGGAACAUGCUUUUAAAAAAAGAAAGAAUGGAGAGAGGGAUGAGAGGCAGAGAACUGGAAAUGACAAAGUAUACAAUAAUAAUAACAAUACAUCUACGAUCGUAACUGCUUUAUGCCAGUGAGAGGGUUCCCAUGUUAAAACUAUGAGUGAAAAACAAGACUAAUUACAAACUUAAACAUUUCACUCCAUUGCAGUUUGUCCACUACAUCACAGCAUAGGUAUCAGAGAAAAUUGCAUUGAAUGGAAUGUAACCAAGAUAUCCACAGCACCACUAUCCACAGCACCACAUGAGAAGAGCAGGCUCGACAGCUCAGCCCGGGACAGUAAACAUAACACAGCCGGCUCGGGGAGAGAGAUCAAACAGCAGGUCUUUUUAGUUUAGUUUCUUCAGGAAAAAUACAACUGCAUGCGAAGCAUUCCCAUUGAAUUAAAACAAUGCAAAAAUGCAAAAAAGAGGUAAUCGUUCAAUUUUUUAAAACCAUUUUGUGUUAUAUCUAAAUAAAUAAAUGAUUAAAUUGCAAAAAAAAUGAUAUAAAAUUAAAUACUUACCCACGUUAUCUACAAUUAGUAAUAAAUAAUGAUUGUUAAAUACUUAAGGCAUCUCAACUGACAACACCCUGUGUAAACUAUCAAAACUUCCCAUAAAAAACUAGACUAAAGGAGGAGUCAGUAUCAACACUGGCAGUGCACAGGACAGUUAGGGUCAGUCCCAAUCCGUCACAACUCAUCCUUCAGUCAUUUAGGGUCUGUCCUAAUACUUCACAUCGAGUCCUCAAUGCAUUGUACAGGACCUGUGCCAAUCCUUAAAAACCUAUGUAGUGUUCAUGCACAUUGACUCAGACAUAACAUAGCAACAAAAACAAAAGGAAAGAACACACAAUAUCAACAUGUAAAGAGUUGUUUUGACAACAAAAAGUGUUCUAUGACCGUUAUUUUGGUACUCAUUGUGACCCCAGCCCAGACCUGUCCAUAUGCACUGUGGGGAGGAUACUGCCCCCAUCACACAACAUUCUACAUUGUUGUUCUAGCAAUACAGCAUAGCAAC